UCUUCCACCUUUCUUCAAGCACGCACACACAAAUCUGUCGAGCGAUGCUUCCGAGUCCCGUAACCUCGACUCCGUUUUCGGUGAAGGACAUCCUCAAACUGGAACAGCAACACGCUCUGAACCCUCACGCACUGAUGGGUGUCGAGCAGGACUCGCUUCAGCUGCAGUGUAUUCAGAGCACCCUGAGCCGGAGCCUGGAUCUGCUCUACAGCCCCGAGAACCUCAGCACGGGCACGGGCACGGGCGCGGGCGCGGGCACGGGGGAUCAGCUCAACUCACACGAGUUCGACAUCCUCAGAAGCUCCUGCGGGUCUCCAACCGAGGAGGACAUGGAUCCAGGCGAAGACACAAGCCUGUGUCCGUUUGACGACUCCAGCUAUAAAGAGGAAGCACCCCGGGAGAAGCCAAAGCAGAGGCAGCGCAGGAAACCUCGAGUGCUCUUCUCUCAAACUCAAGUGUUCGAGCUGGAGAGACGCUUCAAGCAGCAGAGAUACCUGUCCGCACCCGAGCGAGACCACCUGGCUCAUGUCCUGAAGCUCACCUCCACACAGGUCAAAAUAUGGUUCCAGAACCGGAGGUACAAGUGUAAGAGACAGCGACAGGACAGGAGCCUGGAGCUGUCCGGCCCGCGGAGGGUUGCGGUGCCCGUGCUGGUGCGAGACGGAAAGCCCUGUCACGGAGCUCCUUACAAUGUCACUGUAUCAUAUCCAUACAAUAACUAUUACAACAGCUAUGGAAAUAACCCAUACCACUGUAACUUCACCUCUGUUCCCUCGUUUGCCAACACAAGUCAGAUACCGAACCACUUUGUGGAUAUGAAUCUGACGACGGGAAGUGUGGAUGGGAUCAGAUCUUGGUGAGACAUGGCAUCGGUCCUAAAAGAGAAGAUUUUUGGAUUAAGACUAUAUUUAUCCGAGUGGCACUGCUGAAAAAACGCUGAGGAGAAAACACUCUCAUUGUUGUCUGAUUUUGUACAUAUAUUUGUGUUUUUAUAUCAGUGGUUUACAAAAAAACAACACCAA